UUUGGUGCACAACUAUAGUUGACAUCCGUGGUUACCAUGGCAACUGACAGGUUGUUUGGGGAACCGUAAACAAAUGAAACUCGAUUGGCAGAAUUCAAAUGUGCCGAUGUCUAUCUAGUAAUAUUGACAAAAUACCAAGAUUUUAACAAAAAUAGUUUAUGUAUAAUGGGAUUUGUGAGAUAUUAUUACUGUUUUUUUACAAUUUGAUUUUACAGUCUCCGCGUAAGUAUUUGUGUUGAAAAGAAGUUCUGAUGUCACAAAAUCAAGGUAAGAAAGAAGACCGGAAGAAAGAUGUGGGCCAAAAGCCAUUACAAAAGAAGGUCCCUGAUAAGAAUAUGUCAGAGAUUGACGAGCACAUUCUUAAACGGUUUGAAGUCAAGAAAAGACUGGGGAAAGGUGCUUACGGUAUCGUUUGGAAGGCAGUUGAUAAAAAGACCAAGGAUGUUGUUGCGAUUAAGAAGAUAUUUGACGCUUUCCGGAACCAAACGGAUGCUCAGCGGACUUUUAGGGAGAUAAUUUUCCUUCAGUCCUUCCGUAACCAUCCUAACAUUGUGAAGCUACAUAGUAUUCACAGGGCUCUGAACAACCGCGACAUAUACCUCGGCUUCGAAUACAUGGAGACCGACCUCCACAACGUGAUCAAACGCGGCAACAUCCUCAAGGACAUACAUAAGCGGUACAUUAUGUAUCAGAUGCUGAAGGCGACCAAGUACAUACAUUCAGGCAAUGUCAUACAUCGAGAUCAGAAACCUAGUAAUGUUUUGAUUGAUAGCGCUUGCAGGGUGAAGCUAGCAGACUUCGGUCUAGCGAGAUCGGUGUCCAGUCUGUACUCGGGCGGAGAGGAAGGUGCUGACCCAUGCCUCACUGACUACGUGGCUACGCGCUGGUACAGAGCGCCUGAAAUACUCAUCGCGAGCAAAAAUUAUACUAAAGGCAUAGACAUGUGGUCCCUGGGCUGCAUUCUAGGCGAGAUGUUGACUGGGAAGCCGCUGUUCCCUGGCACUUCCACUGUCAACCAGGUCGAGAGGAUCAUGUCUGCGUUGCCGAAACCUUCGCCUGAGGACAUAGCGAUAGUAUGCAGUGGUUACGGCUCAUCCCUGAUCAGGGAGCAAGCGAGCAACACUUCAGGAGGCGCAUCUCUGACGUCACUCCUGUCUUGUGCUCCGAGAGACGCCGCGGACUUGGUCCAAAGACUGCUCGUCUUCAACCCUGCUAAGAGGCUCAGUGCUGAACGGGCUUUGGACCAUGAAUAUGUUGGCAAAUUCCACCGCGAGCGUGAUGAGCCUACCCUGAUGUCAGAUGUCCUUCUGCCUUUGAGGGAUGACAAGCAGAUGUCAGUGGAUGACUACAGGAACAAGCUGUACAGCAUCAUGGCGAAGGGAUCCCAGGCCUAUGCGGGGCAACAUAGGAAAGUGCAUUCUAGUAACAAAACACAUCCUCUACCGACAACCACAAGCAAAAGCAGCAAGAAUUUCCACGAAACGGAAUUAGCCAAGUCUUACUCGAAGACCAAACACUUGAGUUCUUCAGCAGACACCAAGAGUCGCCCAAAAUUACUGAGACCCCAACUAGAUAGGCCUUUGAAGGAGCAGAAAUCUGAACAGAGCGUCGCAAAACCUCUCAGAGCGACGAAAAUCUUUGAACAACGCCACGAAUGGGUGGAAAACACAAAUUGCCAUGGGGACUACUUUCAACCAGUGAUGAGACAAAGUCCUUCAGAAACCGGCUUCAUGAGUGGAGGUAAGAAAACUUUGCAGCAUAGGAGGAAUUCCACCUCAUUUUCGACUGUCACCAUCGGGGGUGAUGCGGACUAUGGGAGCUGUGGCAAGCUAAGACAUGGGGUCAUAACAGCCAGUGCCCUCAUGGACCUAAGGACUAGCAUACGAUAGGUAAGCGAUCUAUCAUAUAGGUUUGCGAAUCUCUUAUAACUUGAUGUGAAUGCUCCAAAAAGUUUGCGGAUGAAAUUUUAACUGAUAUGAUGACGAAUGGUGGUUUUUGAUUUUGAAAAUUUGUGCUUUGGUUUGUUGUGGGAUUUUGGGAAAUUGUGUAUGAGGUUUGUAAGGAAACGGCUAGUUAGCUUGUCGUUUGUGUCUUGUAGUUCGAGAGGUUUUAUUGUCAGCAAGAAACUAAGACCAAAAUUGUUGAUAUUGGAGUGUAUAAGGUUCUACUUUAUAUCUUAACUUAAAUUUGAUAAAUC